AUGCUCGUGUUCCCCUUCCGCUUCUUGGGCUACUGCAUGAAGCGCAAGCUCUGGGCCAAACGGACCGCUUCGCGGGCCCACACGCUCUUGGACGACAUUGUCUUUGGCGAAGGCCCGCGCUUUCGCCUCUCGACCCACGAGCUCUACUUCACCGACAUGCAGGACAAGAAGGUGCUCAAGUACUCGCUUGCAACGCGUGACCGGACGGUCGUGUACCACGACGCAGACGACCUGCUCUCGGGCCUGGGCUGGCUACCGGACGGCCGACUUCUCAUUUCGUCCAUGAACAACCGACAAGUGCUCGUCCACGACGAGGCCGCUGACACGACAACGGUCUAUGCCGACGUCAAGGACGUGACGCACGUCCGGGCCAAUGACAUGGUCGUGUCGACCUCGGGUCGCGCCUACGUCGGCAGCUUUGGCUUCCACUUUGACGGACUGCAGUCCAUUCGGAGCUCGGCCAUCGUCAGCAUUGGCACGGACGGCACAGUCCGCGUCGAAGCAACAGGUGUCGUGUUCCCGAAUGGGAUGGUGAUCACUCCGGACGGCCGGACGCUGAUCGUUGCCGAGACGUUUGAAGGGCGGCUGACGGCCUACGACAUUGACCAGGACGGUCGGCUCUUCAACCGACGCGUGUGGGCAGACGUGGGUUCCCCCAUCGACGGUAUCGCGCUCGAUGCCGAAGGGUGCGUCUGGGCCAGCGUUGUCCAGUCCGGUCUCUUUCCAACUGGAGGGGGCCUCGUGCGCGUGAAAGAAGGCGGUGAGAUCGUGGACGUGCUGGGCUUUGGGGCCAACGGGAUCACCAAGUCUGUGUUUGCGUGCCAACUCGGCACGGACGCACAGGGCGAGCACCAGCUCUUUUUCAUGGAGGCCGUGACGUCGUCCGACCGCUUGAUCUGGCAAAACGGCCCGGAAGCAGCGCGGAACAACGGCCGACUGCGUGCGAUCAAAGUUCAGGUUGGCCCUGCCCGAAUGCCAGGCAUCGACACGUAUUGUGGAGGAUGCUGCUAA